AUGAUGUCAUGAAGACAGUUGGAUCCAGAAUCAGGUUACCAUGGAAAUGUCAGACCAUCAAAAGCUCCAACGGUGCGGGAACUUAAAAUUUGAGGCGGAGUGAGCCAAGAUUAAAACAUGGAUGCGGCUAACAAUUCCCUCCCUGACAACAUCAACCCUAAUAUUUUUCCUGCCAAACUUUGGCGUUUGGUGAACAACCCGGCAGACGGAGCCAUCCGCUGGGACAGCCGCGGCGAGGUAAUCGUCAUCAAUCGGCAGCUCUUUGAGACCCAGAUCUUGUCCCCCGGCUCCAGAACCUCCGACAGCGCUGACACCUUUAAGACCACCAAUUUCUCAAGCUUCGUCCGCCAGCUCAAUCUGUAUGGAUUUAAAAAAGUCGACCCAACUGUUGAGCACCGAGAAGUAGGGAACAACGGCUUGUAUCAUUUCCACAACCCGAACUUUCAGCGAAGUUACCCUCAGCUUUUGGAGUAUCUCGUAAGGCUCACUGUGGAUAAUAAAGCCAAGCUUAAAGCUGGCCAGGAUGUUAGCUCUCGGCUUCCUAACCGGUACCAGGGAUUAGGCUUCUGCAGAGAUGACAAGGAUGUGGUCCUAAAAGGACGAUGCUCCUUGCCUCAGCAUCCCUCACAUCAGUCAUCAGCUUAUCCAUACCACCCUAAUAAACCCCAGGCCAUGAGGCCCCAGAGCGGAACCCCAGUCCCACCACGAUAUCUGCGCAGGGUUCCCAGUGCAGCUCUCUCCCCUACUAAUUUUCCUCAGAUGAAAGAGAAGCCAAUGCCUUUAAGGCCCCACUACACUGGAGUAGCCUCAAGCUCCAAACCCCAGCAUGUUCAGCAGGGUUUCCUGCCUUGUACGAAUAAUGGAAACACACAUUUCAACAGUCUUCAGAAUUCCCAGUGUCAACCCGGCUACUAUCCCACAGUUUGCCAUUGCUUCCACCCAAGCCUUGGUGCACCAAAUAUAACUGGCCUUCAGACUGGGAUGUUCUCUCCCAGAGGUUAUUACCAGGUAGAACGUCCUGUGACUGUGCUGGACUUCAGCCGUGACUUACAUAGCACAGAAAACCAGGAAGUGAAAAAACCUGAAGUUAACCUGGAUGUAGUUUUCCAGAUUGCAGAUGAGGUGAUGCAGACUUUACCCAGUGGCUGUCUGGUAAAAGUUGAGACCACAGAGCGACCUGUCUCUGUGCCAAAGCCUUACUCUGACCACAAUGAUCCCAUAUCGAGUGACGACAACACCAGCGCUCCUGUUACAUAUAAAAAGGAGAAGGAGGAGCUCAUGGUUUCAGUUCCUGGGCAAAUGGCUGAAGAUGCUAUAUAUGAGGUUCCUUUUGAACUAGACGAUGAUGCUGAGAUCAUAAGUGUUGAGGUUAGGGACACAGUUGAAGAUUCCAGGAAGGAUUAAGAUGAGCAGGACAGCACAGGGGCCACAUCUGGCUUAGAUCUGAGCUCACUGAUUCAUUCAGCACGCAACAAGAAGUAUUGGCGUAGUCCAAACUCUGACUUCAGCUCCCACUUGAUGGAUUGCUUUCUGUGUUUAAAAUGUUGGAUUGUUUUGAUAUCAAUUUUUUUCUCUGUUGAUUUUUGGGAUUGUUCAAUUGUGCUUUUCUUUAUUGUAACUAGAAUAAUUAGAAAAACUGUAAUGUUCUUGUUUGGAAGCAAUUUAAAUUUCAUAUGGACUGCUAUACAUAUUUUUAAACCUUAUAAUAUCUCAUAUUGGAGCCAUUUGAUGAGAUUUUUAUGAAUUGUAAUGCAAAGUACAACUCAGAUAUUUUAACUCACAUUUUUUUAAAGUUUGAUAAGAAAACAGUGGUGCGUGUCAUAACAAGUUGAAACAGAACAUCAGUAAAAGUAGACUUCCUAAUAAAGUCACAAAAAUAUUUCAUAAAAAUUGGAAAAUUUCUAACUGCAAAGUGCUUUGCUUUCAAGUGGGCUGCUUCAGCCAUUUUUUAAAAUUAUUUUCUUGUCUGAAAUACGUUUUGAUGUAAAUGUCUCGAUUUUUAUUAAAACAAAUAUACUUUG